AAGGAGGAAGGUUAUUGCAUUAGAUGGUAUAUACAGUGUGGUAUAUAUAGCGUGUAGAGUAGGUGGUAUACUGAGUGUGGUGCGCACCAGCCGUUGCUCUUGUUACCUCAAGUCCUUUUCGUACCGUCAGAGCAAUACACUAAACAUGCCUCUAGCAAAGGAUCUUCUACACCCUUCACCCAUUGAGGAGAAAAGGAAAUGUAAGCUCAAGCGUCUUGUACAGCACCCAAACUCUUAUUUCAUGGAUGUAAAGUGCCCAGGAUGUUUCAAAAUUUCUACAGUUUUCUCCCAUGCCCAGACAGUAGUUGCAUGUGUUGGCUGUGCAACAGUUUUAUGCCAACCAACGGGAGGAAAGGCUAAACUUACAGAUGGAUGUUCAUUCAGGAGGAAGCAGAAUUAAGCAUGGUGUGGGACCUUUCCCUCCCAGUGUUGCCUUUUUUCUCUGUCAUUAUGUACUCCGACAGUAAUAAAGAUCUCACUGAGAGGUAA